AUGCCUAAUCUCAUAGAUAAGCUAGUGGAGGAAGAUCAUAUAAGUCACACACUCAAGGUAGAGGAAGAUCAUAUAAAUCACACACUCAAGGUGGAGGAAGAUCGUAUAAAUCACACACUCAAGGUAGAGGAAGAUCAUAUAAAUCACACACUCAAGGUAGAGGAAGAUCAUAUAAGUCACACACUCAAGGUAGAGGAAGAUCGUAUAAAUCACACACUCAAGGUGGAGGAAGAUCGUAUAAAUCACACACUCAAGGUGGAGGAAGAUCAUAUAAAUCACACACUCAAGGUGGAGGAAGAUCAUAUAAAUCACACACUCAAGGUAGAGGAAGAUCAUAUAAAUCACACACUCAAGGUAGAGGAAGAUCAUAUAAGUCACACACUCAAGGUAGAGGAAGAUCAUAUAAAUCACACACUCAAGGUGGAGGAAGAUCGUAUAAAUCACACACUCAAGGUAGAGGAAGAUCAUAUAAAUCACACACUCAAGGUGGAGGAAGAUCAUAUAAAUCACACACUCAAGGUAGAGGAAGAUCAUAUAAAUCACACACUCAAGGUGGAGGAAGAUCAUAUAAAUCACACACUCAAGGUAGAGGAAGAUCAUAUAAAUCACACACUCAAGGUAGAGGAAGAUCAUAUAAGUCACACACUCAAGGUAGAGGAAGAUCAUAUAAAUCACACACUCAAGGUGGAGGAAGAUCGUAUAAAUCACACACUCAAGGUAGAGGAAGAUCAUAUAAAUCACACACUCAAGGUGGAGGAAGAUCGUAUAAAUCACACACUCAAGGUAGAGGAAGAUCAUAUAAAUCACACACUCAAGGUGGAGGAAGAUCAUAUAAAUCACACACUCAAGGUAGAGGAAGAUCAUAUAAAUCACACACUCAAGGUAGAGGAAGAUCAUAUAAAUCACACACUCAAGGUAGAGGAAGAUCAUAUAAAUCACACACUCAAGGUGGAGGAAGAUCAUAUAAAUCACACACUCAAGGUAGAGGAAGAUCAUAUAAGUCACACACUCAAGGUAGAGGAAGAUCAUAUAAGUCACACACUCAAGGUAGAGGAAGAUCAUAUAAAUCACACACUCAAGGUAGAGGAAGAUCAUAUAAAUCACACACUCAAGGUAGAGGAAGAUCAUAUAAAUCACACACUCAAGGUAGAGGAAGAUCAUAUAAAUCACACACUCAAGGUAGAGGAAGAUCAUAUAAGUCACACACUCAAGGUAGAGGAAGAUCAUAUAAAUCACACACUCAAGGUAGAGGAAGAUCAUAUAAAUCACACACUCAAGGUAGAGGAAGAUCAUAUAAAUCACACACUCAAGGUGGAGGAAGAUCAUAUAAAUCACACACUCAAGGUAGAGGAAGAUCAUAUAAAUCACACACUCAAGGUGGAGGAAGAUCAUAUAAAUCACACACUCAAGGUAGAGGAAGAUCAUAUAAGUCACACACUCAAGGUAGAGGAAGAUCAUAUAAAUCACACACUCAAGGUAGAGGAAGAUCAUAUAAGUCACACACUCAAGGUAGAGGAAGAUCAUAUAAAUCACACACUCAAGGUAGAGGAAGAUCAUAUAAAUCACACACUCAAGGUAGAGGAAGAUCAUAUAAAUCACACACUCAAGGUAGAGGAAGAUCAUAUAAAUCACACACUCAAGGUAGAGGAAGAUCAUAUAAGUCACACACUCAAGGUAGAGGAAGAUCAUAUAAAUCACACACUCAAGGUAGAGGAAGAUCAUAUAAAUCACACACUCAAGGUAGAGGAAGAUCAUAUAAAUCACACACUCAAGGUGGAGGAAGAUCAUAUAAAUCACACACUCAAGGUAGAGGAAGAUCAUAUAAGUCACACACUCAAGGUAGAGGAAGAUCAUAUAAGUCACACACUCAAGGUGGAGGAAGAUCGUAUAAAUCACACACUCAAGGUAGAGGAAGAUCAUAUAAAUCACACACUCAAGGUAGAGGAAGAUCGUAUAAAUCACACACUCAAGGUGGAGGAAGAUCAUAUAAAUCACACACUCAAGGUGGAGGAAGAUCAUAUAAAUCACACACUCAAGGUAGAGGAAGAUCGUAUAAAUCACACACUCAAGGUAGAGGAAGAUCAUAUAAAUCACACACUCAAGGUAGAGGAAGAUCAUAUAAAUCACACACUCAAGGUAGAGGAAGAUCGUAUAAAUCACACACUCAAGGUGGAGGAAGAUCGUAUAAAUCACACACUCAAGGUAGAGGAAGAUCGUAUAAAUCACACACUCAAGGUAGAGGAAGAUCGUAUAAAUCACACACUCAAGGUGGAGGAAGAUCGUAUAAAUCACACACUCAAGGUAGAGGAAGAUCAUAUAAAUCACACACUCAAGGUGGAGGAAGAUCGUAUAAAUCACACACUCAAGGUAGAGGAAGAUCAUAUAAGUCACCGGGUAACCAGAUGUACUAUAAUCGGGUAA